AUGGCUAGAGGAUCUGCCCCAGGAACCGAAACUAUAUCUUCUCCCCACUCGCCUAUCCAUCUGUCAACAGUCCUCAACUCUUCACGCACUUCCUCAAGAGCAAUGACUUCUACCACCUCCACUUCUCGAACACAGAACAAGGCUUCGUCUAGGAAGACUACCACCACAAUGCGCCGGACCAACACUCAAACAGAGAUCCCUCUCCCAAUCACCUAUACCCCCACCACCCAUCGCAUCAGUAAAGCGAAGAAGGGUAAACGUGUACACGCCUGCGAGUUCCCAGGAUGCAACAAAGUCUUCACCAGAGCGGAACAUAGACGGCGACAUGAACUCAACCACAACCCUGAGGCAGUGUUCCGUUGCACCCACCCGGGAUGCAAAAAGGCGUUUCACCGUCCUGACUUACUGGCGCGCCACGUAGAAAGACACGAAAUUGAGACUCAGAUGAACAAUGCGCAAUGGGGACGACAGAGUCACAUCCCAAUGGUAUCUGAAUCUCAUUACUUGCCCAAGGCCGCACCCGUUGAUCCCAGUGCGGGCCACUUUCUUGCUGCAACUCAACCAACAACUUCUAUGUCAAUUGGAUCCCUCGUGGCACCACCUAUUCAUCCAGACCUAGCAAACGACACUGGUCUCAUGUGGAUAGGGAUGAACAUGCCGUCGGAGCACCAAACACACCUCUAUCCCCCGCACCACAUUCAUGAAUCCAUCGAGGACAGCCAAUUUUAUUCGAGCCCUGAGGCUUGCCCUUCUCCUUCUUCAGACGGUGCAACAUUAUCUAUCCCGUCUCACCCCCGGUCAUCAGUCGCUUCGACGCCUACAGCUGUUUGCGACCAAUACCCAGAACCCAUCAUCGACGGCGAGUUAUCAUCCUCACCAAUGCCUAUGCAUGCAAGCCUGCGGUGCUGGGACCAAUCAGAAGGGCCACUGGCUACACCAAGCUAUGCGCCUGUCCCUUUGAACGAUGUAAGCCAACCCCAGCCUACAGCCAACAAUAGAAAGCUGACUAGUGAACAGCCUUUUCACUGCCAAUACCCGUCGCCAACCUGGCCAGCAGCACACCAUUUCACCUAUGACGAGCCCGCGCUUCCAUCUGGGACACAGUUCCCGCCUGCAGUAUCCUGGAAGUCAUUCACGAUUUGA